CAAGCACAAUUCUAGAGCGUGGGACAUCUGCCAGCUACUCCUGUUACUGCUGUCACCACAAUGCCUAGGAACACUGUGGCACUUGGUAGACGUACAGCAAACACUUAGCCCACACUUUGCACCUGCUGUUUUAGAAUACUCAUUCAACAAACCAACACCACCCAGCAAACUACAGUAACCCUCACGGUGCCGGCUUAGCACUCAAGAAGACUGGGACACAGAAAAGCAAAUGGUUCAUCAUGUGGCUAGGAAUCCAUGGAGCUGGGACUCCAGGCCACAUUCUGAGGGGCACUAGAACAGACGACAGGCUGGAAGCUGUGGUCCACUCUGCUGCUCACGCCGUGGAGCCUGCCUCUCGGUCGGCCUGCUGCUCCUGCUGGCCAUGCUCGCUGCCUUGCUUGCUGUGGCCACCAUCCUCGGACAUCCACCCCGCACACCAGAGACUCACUCCUGCGUGACACUAGCCAACAGGACAGGGUUCUUGUGCCACGACCGAAGGCACUGCAUCCCAGCCCAUGCUGUGUGCGAUGGCAUCCGCACCUGUCCUCAUGGUGAGGACGAGGCUGAGAGCCUGUGCCGAGAUGUGCCCCAGAGCCUCCCCAGCUUCCUCCUGACCACCUGUGGAGACCCAGACUCCUGGAUCUACUCAGACCAGAAAUGUGAUGGCGUCAACAACUGUGGAGACUGCUCAGAUGAGCUGAGCCCAGUGACUACGUGCCCGCCCUGUGGCCCUGGGUGGUGGCGCUGCUCGCCAACUGUGUUCAAGUACUGCAGCUGUGUCCCGAGGGAUCUGUGCCGGGACAGCGUGCAGCACUGCUCUGACUGGUCAGAUGAGUACUCCUGUCCUGGACCCUGAGUGAGCCUCCCUCCAUAGCAUGGAAGCUGACACCCAGAUCCUUUCACCAGAGCACCAAACCCUGGACCGCAAGGGUGGGAAGAAACUUUUGCCAUCUCCCAGUGGUACCGGCCCCUGUUGUCUCUGAACAGGAAUUGUCUUUCCUCUUUUCAAGUGUCUCAGCCUCCACUUGAGCACGUCAAUGACAGGGAGCUCACCACCAUGUUAGGCACUCUAAUAAGACGAGGUGUCUGACUCCAUCACUUUAGGCCUGUCUAUGGCAUCACAUAGAGGAGACAUGCUCUUUGACUCCAGAGCAGGCCUGAAUUUCCGAUCUUGUCAUCCCUUGAAGAGACAGAUAAAUGUGUGGCUUAAAUGCCAAGUGAGUUUAGCCCCAUGGGGUAGAAAACAAGGCACACACAUUUCCCGUCAUUCCCCACCUAAGGCAGAAACUGCUGAGUUCAAGGCCGUUGUAACUUGUUGCUCAACUCCCCAGCAGCCUCGACUGAUCACAUGAGGUUGCAUAUGGCACUUGGGACCUAGUAUCUUUCUAGUUUCCCAGUCUCUUGGAGGCUUGCGGCUAUAGAAUAGAAGACCCAGAGAAAGCACAGCUUAGAAGAACCCCUCAAUGCUUUUAGCCUGAGCCUCAGCCCUGCUUCACCCCACAGUCACCUGCAGGUUUAUAUUUUGGUCCUGAAGCCAGAACGCCAUUCCCCUGCGUCCCUUGUAUCCCUUCUAUCUUCCUAACACCCAGGCAGGCAAGGAUAGGGGUUCUCAUUAGACAGAUGGGGAAACCGAGGCCCAGGGGAUGACUCGCCCAGGGUGGACCCUGUGAGGUUUGAAAAUGGCAUCCAAGGAGCAGCCAGGCCCUGGCCAUUCAUUUGUUCUUUCACCACUUGUGUAUUUCUUCACCCAUUUCUGAGCUGAACUGAGCUGAGCUGAGCUGGGAGCUGAGGGGUGGAGCUUGGGGGAAUGGGCCCCUAGAGAAGAGGCCUGGGUCCUGGCACAUGAGCAGUAGGGGGUCUUAUAGAGAGCCCACCUCACGCCAUGUAAGGAUGAGUGAGACAGUAGAACUGUGGGGUCCCCUUAAGGGGAUGGUCAGUCUCAGCAAUCCCUCUUCAGUUGGGUUUCUUUGUAGAAGGUGGGGGCUCUUUUCAGGAGGAGGGCAUUCAUGCUUGGCCCAUAUGAGACAUGUAACAGUUCUGAUUAAGCCAUGGGUUAUUCAGUAGGUGGGAGGGGCCAAAGCAUGGGUAUAUGCAGGAACUGAAGAUCCUCACUUCAUAGUAAGAGUGCUGGAAACUCAGAAUAGCCAAAGCAAACCAGUUUAUUUUGUGACCUUGCAAGGCAACAGCUUAGAAAGGCAGGUUCGCCUAGGGAGUACAGAGGGUAUUUAUAAACCCUAAUGCAUGCGCCUCCCCGAUCUUGUGAGUGACCAGGAGGGCACAACCUUACAGGCACUGAGGACUCCUCUGUCCUUUAUAUUUGUGUGUGUUCAUCUGUUUUAUAUCCUGUGUAUUUCAAGGCUUCUCAGAUGCAGGCAAGCUUGGCUCUGAGUAAUUUUCUCGUCUCAAAUUUUAGUAUGGAUAGGGGUGUAGCUCAGCAAACUGUGGGUCGGGGUAGGCAGAGUGGUAGGCAUUCAUUAGCAGAGAGCCAGUGUUCUCUGUUCAGCUUUCACUGGGACUAAGUUGGCUCAAGGAACCUUCAAAAAUGAAUCAUCAAACUUCUCUUAUAAGGUGUGUGUGUGUGUCAGGGGCACAGUAGUGGGGAGAGAGUAAAUCAAUACAGGUAGCAAGAAUCAAUACAGGUAGCAAGAAUCAAUACAGGUAGCAAGAAUCAAUACAGGUAGCAAGAAUCAAUCAAUACAGGUAGCAAGAAUCAAUACAGGUAGCAAGAAUCAAUACAGGUAGCAAGAAUCAAUAUAAGUAGCAUCUCACUAGUUCAUCCCGCUGGCAGUGGCCAGUGAGGGAGCCAUCAGGGAAAUUAAGCCCGGAAAGUGGACUGUUUUGUUUUCUUUUUUUCUUUUUUUAAGAUUUAUCUAUUUUAUUUACAUGAGUACACUGUAGCUGUCUUCAAACACACAUCAGAAGAGGGCAUCAGACCCCAGGAUUGUCAGGAGGAAACAAUCUCCUGGGGCUUGCCCUCUGCUGACAUGUAUGUUCACACAUGCACACAAAAAUAAAUGGAAACGGCUGGUGAGAUGGCUCGGCGGUUAAGAGCACUGACUGCUCUUCCUGAGGUCAUGAGUUCAAAUCCCAGCGACCACUUAGUGGCUCACAACCAUAUGUAAUGAGGAAACAAGCAAACAAAACCCUAUAGGCUUGAGCAAGUGGGACGGGAGCAAGAGGGAGAAGGAAAGGGGAGAAAAAUAAAUGGAAAUAUAAAUAAAAUAAAUAAGGUGAAGAAUGGUUGAUGGAGACACCCGGUGUCAACUUUCAGCCUCCAUGUGCACACUCAAAAUAGGGCAACAAUCUUACUGGCUAAUAAAUAAGGAUGAUGGGGCUGGGCAAAUGGCUCAAUGGGUAAAAGUGCUUCUUGUGAAAGCAUGAAGACUUGAGUUUGAAUUACAAGAACCCAUGUAAAAGUUUGGCUCAUGGUGUCUGUUUUUGUAAUCCCAAUACCUGUACAUGCAGGAGACAGGAGGCAAAGGCAGGAAGAAACCCUGGAAACUCAAGGGCCAGCAAGUCUGUAUGCAAUGGUGAAUAUCAAGAAACCCUGCCUCAAAAAAGGUUAACGGCAAAGACAGACGCCUGUGGUUGUCUUCUGACACACUGUUGCAUGUAAAUGUUCACAUUCUCUCUGUCUUUCUGUCUCUGUCUCACACUCACACACACACACAUGCACCAUACACAAUAAGUAACUUAAUUAAAACCUAUCAGGGAGAAGCAAGGCAGCUUGUGUGCACUGCGACACUGAGGGCAAAGCAUUGUGUACAUGUGUGCAGAUUGUGUAGCCUGACACUUAUGGAGCGCCUCACUAUUCCCGAGCAUGGUAGUCUCAGUACCUGGAGUGUGCAGAGUGGCCCUAGGGGCUGGCUUCUGACUAUGGCUGCAGGCCAUAGUUUGUUUUUAGCAGGAUGAAUACAUUGUAUUUCUUCAUGUGAAGAGGGACUUAGGCAGAGGCUGGAGAAUCAGGGUCUACUCCAGACUAUUCUGCAGGCUCAGAACAGUCUGGACUAGACCCUUGUAAAAGUUCAUGCAGAAGACUGGGGUGGGGCUGGUGAGAUGGCUCAGUGGGUUAGAGCACCCGACUGCUCUUCCGAAGGUCCAGAGUUCAAAUCCCAGCAACCACAUGGUGGCUAACAACCAUCCGUAACAAGAUCUGACUCCCUCUUCUGGAGUGUCUGAAGACAGCUACAGUGUACUUACAUAUAAUAAAAAUAAAAAAAAAAAAAAAAAAAAAAAAAAAAGAAGACUGGGGUGCCCAGAGGACCUGUGGCUCUCACCAGCAUCAGCAGUGGGGGUCUGUGAAGAUUUCCCCUGCACCAAUUCACACUACGGUAGGUCCUUAUCAGCCUGCCUCAGCAAUCUCAUUUUAUCUCCAGCCUACCAGCGCUCGGUCUGGUAUCGUUGGACACAACUUCCCAGAAGCAUAGAGAGAGAUCACACAGCUUUUUAAGACCCAGGGGUUCAAGGUUGUUAGCCCCAAGUCCAGUGGCUACUCUAAGCCUCCUGAAGUCUUGCUCUUUCAUCCAGGUCUCCACAGAUGGGAAGCUGGAACCUGGCAGGUGCCACAGAAGGUGUGCAGGAGGUAGCUGGCAUGUGUUCCUCUUUUGUUUAUUGGACCUUCAUAAAGGAGCAGGUGCCAAAGCCACCACCCAAACAAUCCUCUGUAAGGGAUUCCAGGAAGAUACAGGCCUGGGGCCUGGGCCAAGCCGACCCACCUCUGGCGCCAGGUCGCAGAGCAGCCAGAGAGACAGCUCAGUAGCCAGUGCCAAUAUUUGCCCUGGCACCACCUCCGUGUCCCCAGCCCCAAGAUCAAGGCUCUAGAUACAACAGGUUCUCUGCUGUGCAAAGGCGAAGGACUGGAUGCAUGGAGGAAUUUAAAGCUCCGGCUGGGGUUUGGGUUGAAAAUCUGCUCUUGGUUAAGAUGGCACUUGCCUGCCAUCUCUGUUUGCUGGGGCUCUCCCUUCAUCCUUAAGCUCACAGAUCUGAAUUUGCUAGAGCCCUUAGGAGGAUCAGGCAGGCUUUUGACAAGAGGACACUACUUUCCAGAGAGGACAGGGGUUGGCCCAAAGCUGCAUUGCCCAGUGGCUAACAUAGGGUUCUGGGGGCCACACAAACUCCAGAGCCACACAAGUAAUGUCUGUGUCCCAGAGUCCUUUGCUUCUUUUCUUCUUUUGAGACAGUCUCACUGGGCAGUGGUGGAGCAUGCCUUUAAUCUCAGCACUCGGGAGGCAGAGGCAGGCAGAUUUCUGAGUUCAAGGCCUACCUGGUCUACAAAGUGAGUUCCAGGACAGCCAGGGCUACACAGAGAAACCCUUGUCUCAAAAAUGGAAAAAAAAAAAAAAAGACACAGUCUUAUGUAGCCCAGGGUGGCUUCAAACUCACUAUGUAUUCAAGUCUGGCAUGAGUCUUUACACCACACCACACACACACACACACACACACACACACACACACACACACACACACACACACACACAGGGUGGGGGUGGGUGCGGAAGGAGGAGAUUCUGUCUCAAAAAGUUAAAAACAUAUAAUAAAAAUAACUAAUGGCAAAUUAUAACAAUAUACUAAAAAAUGAAGCUGCUGGCUUCAUGACUUUUAUUUGGGAACUAGGUUGCUUUCCUUCUUUCUUUUGAGAUAGAAUCUUGCUAUGUGGCUCUGUCUGGCCUUGAACUCACAAUCUUCCUGGCUCAUGCUCACAAAUACAGGGAUUAUAGACACGUGCCACCAAGCCUGGUGGGGCCACUAUUAAGUAGGCUAGUACUUACGUGAACACAAGCAGUACCCUACCUCAAUGAAUGUGAGGCUGGCUAGAAGGCUCAGUGGGGCAAAGGUGCUUGUUGCCCAGUCUGAAGAUCUAAGUUCGAUCUCUAGAUCUCGCACGGUACAACGAGAGAACGAUACAAACUCAUUGUCCUUUGGUCUCCACAGUUUGAGAGUGUGAGACUAUGCAUGUAUAUAAUAGUGUGUGAGUGUACAGGUACACACACACACACACACACACACACACACACACACAAACAUACAGAUUAAGAAAAUGAGACAUUAAAAGAAUUACCAGCAGGCCUGCCUGGCCCCUUCAGCUUUUGAGUAGCCAGAAGAAAGACACCCGAGCACUCAUCCGGGCCCUGUGGCCAGCCUGGCCAGCGCCACUUUGAGGAGCAACUUUGAUGGCGGUGAGAUGGGUCAGCUGGAGCAUUUGUUGGAGAGAUGGCAAGCGAAGCUGAAUGGUUCACACACUGUGGAAAGAGGCAGAACUGGAGAAGCAACAGGGGUGAGGAGCAGGCAACUAUGAAUUGCUGGCACAAUCACCAUGGUGAUGUGUGCAUCCAAGCUGCUGCCAAGGGCCAUGUCCAGUCCGUGGUCCUACCUCAGUUGGGGCCUAUGCUGAUAUCUAUGGACUGUGUUGCCACCUAAGGCCAUCUGGAUGUCAGUGGUCUGGGCUGCUGCCUGAGACCAUGUUGAUGUUCUGUGGGCGUGUUGAUGCUGAGGGAAUUGGGGGGAGGCAAACUGGUCUGCUGCCACUGGAAUGAACACGGCCCAUGCUUCCACCAGGGGCCAUGUCUGGGUCCUUGGUCCUAUCACAGCUGGGGUAUGUGUUGAUGUCCCAGGCCCAUGUUACCACCAAAGGUCAUGUGGAUGUCCUGGUCUGGACUAUUCCUGAGGCCAUGUUGAUGUCACAGCACUGUGCUGAGCAGGCCCCGCCUCUCAUCCACCACCACACCCUGGAGAGCUGGCACUGCCUCUUGCCUGGGCAGCAUCAGAGAGCUGGCUCUGGUUCUGGAAAGCUGGCCCCACCCCUUACUGGCUACAAUGCCUGGAAGAGCUGGCCCAUCCCUUGUCUGCCUCGAGGUGGCUCAUCUACCCCGCCUUCUGCUUAAGAUCACCGAUUACACACACACACACACACACACACACACACACACACACACACACACACACACCAGCUAAAGACUACAUUUCCUGCACACCAGCCCUACGUAAAAGCCACUGAGUCUGCAUGCUUCUAAGAAUGAGGGACUGGCUCCUUCCUGACAGCGGAGGCUCUGCAAAGCUGAUUCUACCAGAUUUUCAGAUUUUUUUCAG